AUGUACUUCUUCCUCACCAACCUGUCCUUCAUGGAUGUCUGCUUCACCUGCAACACCAUCCCCAAGAUGUUGGUGAACAUCCAAACACAGAGCCCAGCCAUCAGCUAUGCAGGCUGCAUCACACCGAUGCUCUUUUUGCUGCUAUGUGCCGCCAUUGCAACGCGGCUGGUUGUGCUCCUGAGAGAGGCCCAGGGGGCUGAGUCAGUGCUGCCCUGUGAACUCCCUGCCCCGCAGGAACCUCUGCAGGACCCCCGACUCGUCAGGAGCUGGGAAGGGUGUAGCCCUGCAGCCCGCUUCUUGCUUGCAAGGCUGGAGAACACACACACACCUCCAGCAUUGGUGUCAUUUGAAGAUGUGGCUGUGGACUUUACCCAGGAGGAAUGGCAGCACAUGGACAACACUCAGCGGACCCUGUACAGGGAUGUGAUGCUUGAGACUUAUAGCAAUCUACUAUCCUUGGGAUACAGCUUGAGAAAGCCUGAUGUGAUCUUGAAAUUGGAGCAAGAUUCUGCACCAUGGACAGUGGACAAAUUUACAAACCAGGGACUUCCAGAUUCCUACAGAAAGAAUGAACAGCUUGGAGCUAAUCAGAAAAGUCAAGAAAUAAUGUUCAGGAAAUCUGAAGAAGUGCCACUUGAGAUAAAGCAUACCUCUAAAUUUUCUGAGAAGAAACUCCAGAAUGGGGAAAAUCUCAGUCAGCACGAUAAAAUGCACACUUAUCAGCAGUCUUUUGAACACAACAAGAAAGAAAACACUUUCAGCAGGAAGAAGAUAUUCCUUAUGUAUGAGGAAGUUUAUACCAAUGAUGCAAGAAAAAAGCAACCUGUCAAUGUGGCAGAAUCAAUUCGGGUUAAAAAGAAAAUGUUCUAUAACAAUCCUGACUUUGCCAAACAUCACCAAACACAAUCAGAAGAGAGACCCCAUGAAUAUUUCCAGAGUGAGAAAUCUCUGAUUUAUAAAACAGAUGUCAAAGUCAAUCAGAUACCCCAAACAGCAAAAUGUCACUAUGUAUGUGGCUGUUGUAAAAAGCCUUUUAACUGUAAAUCUUGCGUUACCGGCAAACAGACAACUGACACUGGAUCAAAUUUCUAUGUGUGCAAUGAAUGUAAAGAAAACUUUGAGCAGAAGUCAGAACUCCUGGGAGAUCAGAUCCUUGACACUGCAGAGAAGCCAUAUGAAUGUAAUGAGCAUGGAAAAGCCUUUCAGCAGCGAAUAUCUCUCAGUAGGGAUCCAAGAAUUCACAAAGGAGGAAAAUCUCAUGAAUGUAGUGAGUGUGGAAAAGCUUUUCGUUGCAAGUCAUACCUAAUCAUACAUCAGAGAAUCCACACCGGAGAAAAACCUUAUGAAUGUAGCCAGUGUGGUAGAGCCUUUAGUGAUCCCUCAGGUCUCCUUUUACAUCAGAAAAUCCACACAGGGGAAAAACCUUAUGAAUGUAGUGAGUGUGGAAAAGCAUUUAAGCAGAAGUCAUCCCUAAUCAUACAUGAGAGAAUCCACACUGGGGAAAAACCUUAUGAAUGUAGUGAGUGUGGAAAAGCUUUUCCUCAGAAGCAACAUGUAAUUCUACAUCAGAGAACACACACAGGGGAAAAACCUUAUGAAUGUAGCCAGUGUGGAAAGGCUUUUUCCCAGAAGUUGCAUGUAAUCCAACAUCAGAGAAUCCACACAGGGGCAAGACCUUAUGAAUGUAGCCAGUGUGGAAAGGCCUUUACUAAUCAAUCAGGUCUCACUAGACAUCAGAGAAUCCACACAGGGGAAAAGUCUUAUAAAUGUAGCCAGUGUGGAAUAGGGUUUUCCAGCAAGUCAAACCUUAUUAUACAUCAGAGAAUCCACACUGGAGAAAAACUUUAUGAAUGUAGCCAGUGUGGAAGAGCGUUUAGGGAGAAGAAAUACCUAAUUGUACAUGAGAGACUCCACACCGGGGAAAAACCAUAUGCAUGUAGCCAGUGUGGAAAAGCGUUUAGGCUGAAGAAAUCCCUAAAUGUACAUCACAGAAUCCACACUGGGGAAAAACCUUAUGAAUGUAGUGAGUGUGGAAAAGCUUUUUCUCAGAAGUCACACAUAAUCACACAUCAGAGAAUCCACACCAGGGAAAAACUAUUUCUCAAAAGUCACUCAUAA